UAUAUAAAGCCUCCCCCACUCCUCCCCUUCUUCCUCAAACCGCUCUAAUCACAGGACCAUCACUACAAGCUUCUUCAAAUCCUCCAAAAGAGAGAUCACAAUUUACAGUCUAUCAAUGGCUGGUCUCGUCAGAACCAGAACCAAGAGAGUCACUUACCCGCUCGACGACAAGGUCAAGGCACGACUCGUCGGCCGGGAGAGCUACGUCAGCAGCGGCAGCGAGCACUCCGGCGGCGACGUCUCUCCUUGUCUGUCCGAGCUCGUUCACAGCUUUCUCGAGGAGGAGGAGGAGGAGGAGGAAGAAUCGUCGACCUCGUCGUCGGAGCCGCGGUCGCCGGACAACCGCGACUACGACUCGGACCGAGUCGACUCGGUCUCCGAUCGUUCCGGCGCGGUGGAGUGCAUUUUGAGAUAUUCGGCGAAUGCGGACGCCUACGCCAAGGUGCUGCUCGCUGACAUGGCGGAGGCGGUGGAGGCGUUCUCGUGUCUGAGAUCGGACAAGUCGGCCCUACAGAGGAGCGUCAUGUCGUUUCUGAGGGGGAAGGGGCACAAUGCGGCGAUCUGCAAGACCAAGUGGAGCUCCGCCGGCAGCAUCACCGCCGGGCACUACGAAUUCAUCGACGUGGUAGCCGCCAACUCGUCCGCCACGUGGCGGCAGCAGCAGCAGAGCAGCAGGUACUUCGUGGACGUGGACUUCGCCGCCGAGUUCGAGAUCGCGCGGCCGUCGGGCCAGUACUCGCGGCUGUCGCAGUCGCUGCCACGUCACUUCGUCGGCGGCUCCGACGACCUGAAAAAGAUCGUCCGGGUCAUGUGCGACGCGGCGAAGAAGUCGCUGAGGAGCCGAGAGCUGUCAGUGCCACCGUGGCGGAAAAACCGUUACAUGCAGAACAAGUGGUUCGGGCCGUACAAGCGGACGGUUAAUCCGUUACCGGAGAAUCCGCUCACGCGGACCUCGCCUCUGUUCCCACAGGUGUCUGGCGCCAAAUGCCGUUGGGUCGGGUUCGACGACGUCGUUUCUGAGACCAGCGCCGUCACCGGCCGCGUCUAUAUCCGUACUUAGAUGAGAGUGAUUAUCCAUCCAAUGGAAUAAAGAUAAAUUACAUUUUGCGCUUUUGUUUACUUAUGGUGUAACGCGGCAAACGCACAUUGUUGUACAUGACGGCGGAUUAAAUUUUUGACUUAUUAUAUUUGACCAACACUUAAAUCGGACGGUUGUGGGAUGAGGGGUCACCGGAACACCGUGGGGAUUGGAGUGGGGAAUUUUAAUUAUUCUGGAAGGGAUAUCGAUGAGGAUGACAGGGCACCGUUUUCCUAGUGUUGCUUUCAGGUCCGGUGAUGGUGUCGAUGAAAAUGAUGUUGGGUCGCUUGGAUUGUAGCGGGGAGUCGACGUGGUGCGACAGAUGAGUGAGGUGGUAGGACAGGAAAAGACAGUAGUUUUGUUUUGAAGAUUUGGAUAAGAUUGUUUAGUAAUAUAAUUUGGGAAAGUGAUUCAGAUGGCUAUGAUUGUCAAUUUGUCA